UGUUUGGUUUAUUUAGAAACCCACACAACACAUAAUUAGCUAACGGUCAUGUCGAGGCAAUGCAAACCUCACAAUGUUGUUUCCUUGACUUAAGUCCAAAACAAUUCGUAAGAAAGUAAAGCCACGCUGUAUUCCACAGCCAGCAAAGUCCGAAGCUACUAGUCUACUACGCCACUCUGCUUUAAAAAUGUAUAUUUUUCAGUUUUAUACCAUUUUUUAAAUUGUUUUGUUUUCCUAAAUUAUGUUUGGUAAUUUAUCCCCACCUGUUCAAUAUUUUUUUUGGGGGGGGGGUGGGAUUACUAAUAAAGACCUAAUGAUGCCACAGACAGAUUAGUUAUAGAUUAAUCGGAUCAAACAAUUAAACAUGAACUUUUAUUGUGAUAUCAAAUCGGAAAUCCUGGGUGACCUACAAAACAAUGCAGAUUCUCUAGAUUUUUCUGUAUAUUUACAUUGUUAUAGUAUUAGUUUUCAUAAUUGUGCAGCCCAGUACAAUACUUAAAACAAUAAGAUAAAACGUAGGCUGACUUUUAUUGUGCUAUAAGGAGGAAGAAAAAAAAAAUAAAACCGGAAUUUCCCGUGCGGUGUCUAGGGCAAAUCGACAAUAGCUUGGAAGAUCCAAACGCCCAUUUAUUGAAGUUAAACAGUGGCGAUAAUAUACGUAGUUGAAGGCGUUAUUGUUAUGAUGGAGGGAGUGGGAAAAAUGCGAGGAAAAAGAAUUGUUGGGCAUUCUCCGUAAAGACCUUUUUUUGCGGGGACUACUUUUUUCCAAUCUGGAGAAAGACAUUUCAACGCUCAGCGAUGGGGUCCGAGAGCCCCAAGCACUUUGGACCGUCUGUGAUCGUGAUGACCAAAGAGGAGGAGCCGCAGCAAGAUAUCGCUUGCCUGAUCAACUCUGACGGAGAAGAAGUGGAUUUAUCAGAUCUCCGAGAGAGCGUCAGCCCGGGCGGCGGAGCCACAGAAACCCCCUCCACGGCCUUUGCUCAGAGUGAAAACGAAAAGCCGGCCUCGUUUCACACCUGCUCCGUGUGCGGGAAAGACUUCCCUUACGCCUCCAAACUUCAGCGCCACCUGCGCACGCACUCGGGCGAGAGGCCUUUCCCGUGCUCCAUGUGCGACAAGAGAUUCCCCGAGAAGGGGCUACUCAUGAUCCACGAGAGGGUCCACACGGGGGAAAAGCCUUUCGCGUGUACUUUCUGCGAGAAACGGUUCGCCAGUCAGGGCGAGCUCCGACUUCACCGGAGGACGCACACGGGCGAACGGCCGUACCACUGCUCCAUUUGUCUCAAGAGCUUCUCUCGUCACUGGCACCUGAAGACGCACCUGGACGCCAUGCACUCGGAGGUAGUCGCGGGUUUCACGAGAAAGAAGUUCCCGUGCUCGGAUUGCGAAAAGAGCUGCAACUCUGCCGCCGAGCUGCGGGACCACCAGAGGACUCACACGGGCGAGCGGCCCUAUCAGUGCUCGUUCUGCGACAAGCGGUUCGCCUUGUCGGGCACGCUGGUGCGCCACGAGCGCCUCCACACCGGGAUCACGCCCUACCACUGCUCGGACUGCGGCAAGACCUUCGCGCAGCAGUGGACGCUGACGACGCACAUGCGCACGCACACGGGCGAAAAGCCGUACAGCUGCACGCAUUGCGACAAGUCCUUCGUCGCCCCCGGGGAGCUCCGGAGGCACACCCGGAUCCACACGGGCGAGAAGCCGUAUACGUGCGGCGACUGCGGCAGGCCUUUCUCGUUGGCGGGGACCCUGAGGAAUCAUCGAAAGUCGUGCGCGCAGAGCAAGAACGGAGCCACCGGGGUUGAAACUGCAGCGGGGGAGUCAUCCCACAGACUGCCGGAGGCCAACGAUAUCUGCGCUGAGGUGUCGGACAGUAACCCCGCACCAAACAUUCAGACCUCCUGCACCUCCUUCUCCUCCUCCUCCUCUUCUUCUUCUUCCUCCUCCUCAGAGGAUGUCAGCUGUGACCAAACACCCGAGGCUGAAAAUAACUCAAAUGAGCAGGAGAAGGAAGUUUCUCGUCUUCACAUGAGCAUCGUCGUGAAAGAGGAAGAGGAGGAGGAGCCUUUGUGCGAUGAAGUGUUGGCUAUAGAUGGUCCCGCAGAGGACAAACAUUCGUCUCCAGUAAAGGAUGAAGAAAAUGCUAACACACCUGCAAGGGAUGGCGACGAUGCGGCAGCCUGUGACAAAAUCAUCUCUCCGACGCCCCCUGCGAUGGAUCAUCGGAGCAACAGUAGGAUCACGAGCUCGUACUGCUGCGGCUUGUGCGGGAGAGACUGCCACAAAAUGUCGGCGCUGCAAAUCCACAUGCGGAUUCACUCCGGCGAGAAACCCUACCAGUGCUCCCUGUGCGGGAAGCAGUUCACCCAGAAGGGUCAGCUCAAAGGCCACCAGAAGGUCCACACGGGGGAGAAGCCCUUCUCGUGCCCCGAGUGCGGCAAGUGCUUCGCCCACUCGGGGGCCAUGAACCGACACCGGCUCACGCACACGGGGGAGAAGCCUUACCACUGCUCCCUGUGCGAGCGCAGCUUCAACCAGUCGGGACGCUUGCGGGAGCACGAGAAAACCCACUUUGGGGACAAACUCAACUGCCCCGAGUGCGACAAGACGUUCACGCGGUCCUCCAGCCUCAAGAACCACUUGCGGCUCCACACGGGCGAGAGGCCGUACAGCUGCAACGUGUGCGGACGGGGCUUCAGCCGCUCGCAGAGCCUCCGGCUCCACAAGCGCAAGCACCAGCUGCUAACGGUGGAGGAGGAGUCCGGUUUCAGCGUCGGGGACGAGGACCUAUCUGACAAUAACUCCCGGAUUGAUAUGUGUAUAACUGUCAAAAAUGAAGAGGAUCUAUUUAUAUAAACCGCGCCUCGACAGUAGAGGAGUCAUUUUAGACUGUCGGUGGUGUCAAACUCGUUUUUAUUGAAGGUUGUAUCGUAGGCGGGGUUUCCCUCAGAGGGCCGCUAUGACUGAAAACCAAUUGAAAUGCACAGAAAACGGGGAAUACGUUCCAGACUAAGUACAGAGACCACCAAAAAUAUUGACAUUUAAACUCAUUACAACGCAGUUUUCAAAGUUUUUCUUGUACCUUGCGCAAGAGAGAGCGAGAGAGAGUUCUCCGAAUAAGAGGAAAUGCCCGCUUGCUUCAAGCUGUUUGUAGGUAGUUUGGAUUCACCAGAAGGGGAUUUGUUUGUCCGCCAUUUUGGUAGUGAAGAUCAGGGAGUCCAAGCUAGGCUUGAAAUGGAAAGACAAGUAGACCGACGGGUUUGUUAGUUCGUUAAACGGUUACUAACCUUUAUUCAUACUGAAUUGUUUUCUUUCGUGCAGUGAAAGGGUCACAGUUUUGUUACAACUAUAAUUUGAAAGUGGUGAAUUUCCACGCACAUUUGGUCAUUUCAGAAACUGGUUUAGAAAUUGAACAGGGUGGCGCCGUGCAAAUCUCGAUAACCCGCUAGUGAGGUCACGUACAUGAUCUCAUGUCGCAUGUUUUUGGAAUGUACGAGGAAACCGGAGUGUCCGGAGGAAAACCCACGCAGGCGCGGGGAAAACAUCCAAACUUCAUACAGGUGGGCCCGGAUUGAACCCGGGACCUCAGAAUUGUGAUGCCACAUAGCUGAAUCACCGUGGAAUUUUGAUCUUGAAUCUUGAAAUCUGAUGCUUUCAAUUUUUUGGGUAUUCAUUGGUUUACAAUGUUUUUUUUUUUUUAAAAAAAAAGUGUCAUAGUAAUUUUAAUGUUUUGAAAAGUUGUCGGAUUUGUAAAAUAAUUCUCAAAAAUGUAUUUUAUAUGGUCCCGAAUGCAGAUUGGUCUGGAACAUAUCCCCCUCUGAGAUAAUCUAGAUUUGUUAAGAGCAAAGAAAAAUUGCAAUUAUUACCAAAAGUUCUUUUGAGUUAGAUUUCUUUCAUUCUGAUUGCAAUUGCUGUCAUUUUUUUUUCCUGGCACGUCAAUUUUUUUUCUUCACAGGUUAUCUUCCAGAUAAGCAAAAUUCCACUGAUUAGCUGGAGUUAAAAGAUUUGCCAGCUGAUUACGAUUGGACUCAGUCACAAUUGUCCAACGGCGCGGUGAGAAGCGGUCAGUACUCUCAAUAACUGCAAUCAGAAAUACACCAUAAUAGGAAUAAAGAUGAUUUCUGAUGGCUUUUCCCUUAACCUUGUCACCAUUGGCAUACCGUUGUCAGUUCUAUGUCAUGUUUUUAGUUUUCAAAGUGGUAAUCAUUCCAUUUUUGGGGUUUAUUUACAUUGCUAUAUACCAGGGGUGUCAAACUCAUUUUUUUCACGGGCCACAUUGUAGUUACGGUUUCCCUCAAGAGGGCCGUUAUGACUGUGAAACCAGCAAAAUCUUUAAUCGCCUCAUCGUAUUUAUACAUGACCUCUCCGGGUCGGGGAUGAGAUCCUUCCCCGAGGUGGAGGAGUUGAAGUAUCUUGGAGUCUUGGAGUGAGGGAAGAACGGAGCGGGAGAUCGACAGACGGAUCGGUGCAGGGUCUGCGGUGAUGCGGACUUUGUAUCGGUCCGUUGUGGUAAAGUUGAAAGGCGCAGCUCUCAAUUUACCAGUCGAUCUACGUUCCUACCCACACUUAUGGGCAUGAGCUGUGGGUCGUGGCCGAAAGAACAAGAUCCUGGAUACAAGCAUCAGAUUCGGAUGCCUCCCUGGCGAGGUGUCCCGGGCAUGUCCCGCAGUCACACAGAGACCCAAAGGACGACCCAGCACACGCUGGAGAGACUACGUCUCUCGGCUGGCUUGGGAACGCCUCAGGAUCCCUCUGGAAGAGCUCGGGAAGUGGCUGUGGAAAGGGAAGUCUGGGUAUCCCUGCUGAACCUACUUCCCCCGUGACCUGACUCGGAAAAGCAGUAGAUAAUGGAUGGGUGGAUGGAUGGUUCAGAUUUUAGCAAGAAUCACAAAAGUUAGCACGCACGAUUUGCCUUUGCGGUCCACAUAAAACUAUGUGGCGGACCGGAUCUGGCCCCCGGGCCUUGAGUCUGACACCUGUGCUAUAUACUGUAUUUCCCGUGUUCAAAAACUUCACAUGACUGAGAAAUCAGUUUCACAUCAGUUUUUGAAUUCUGCACCCAAAAAUGUGUUAAAAGCAGCUGUCACAUCGAAGUCAACAAAUAUCGUGUUCCCGUGUCAUCUGCCAAUUAUAAAAGAAGAAAAAGAAGAUACAAUACUUGAUUUUGUGGGCUACUUCAAACAAUGUGCUGGGCCGGUCCCGGACCCCAGGCCUCGAGUUUUGACACCCGUGUUUUUCGAAUAGACGAAAGGACUACCUCUGUGACGACAUCGUCAAGUAGCGUUGGCGUCGUGUUUGUAAUUAUUUAAGCGGAAAUAUUUAACAGCCAUGCUAGCGAUGCUAUUUGACAAGCAUCUGUUUUCAUGGAGUUGACUUUGUGUGCGUGCCGGCGUCCAAAUAUGACACUCACCUUUUUAGAAUUUCUAUUUAUGGUAGUAUAAAAUUCUUACUACUACUUCCAUGCAGUAUUUGCUAUUUGCUUUGUCUACUGCAGCACUUAACGUUCUAGGACAAUAGCAAGUGGAACUACAGUACAUCAAAUAGGAGCAAAAUAAUGAAAGUAAAAAUAGUACUUUUGUGAAAAAGCAACAUGUUCAUAUUUAUCUUGUGUAUGCCAAAAACCAUUUUUGCCAUUAUGUACUUUUUUUUUUUAAUUGUUAUUACAGUAUUCUAAUCACAUAUGUGGUUCUCCUGGUUUGUCCUGCCGAAUUACUGUCAAAUUAAAUAAUUAUGCUCUGGAAAAUGAAAAUAAGUUUUGGGAAGAUUUUUUUUUUUUUUUACCUGAUGCUUCAUUUGUCUCAUUGUAUUGCGAAGGAGAUACUGAACCACAGAAAUAAAAAGAUGGAUUUUU